AUGAGCUCGCAGCGUUACCAGCGGGUGAACGCCCAUGACGAUGAGGAGGCGCCACAGUCCCAAUCGUCGAUCCCUCUCCGAACCAACCCAACGCCCUCUUCUCCGCCGCCCUCAUUUCGCUCCCGCUCCUCCUCUCCCUCAACGAGGCGUCUUCUCCGAGAUGACCCCAAUGAUAACGGUGCCGAAGAGACCCUCGCUGCUGCAUUUGGCGAUGGCAGCGAUUCCGAAGUAGAUGACGAACCCGAUGACCGCCAACGACUCAUGCGGGCCCAGCCCGAAUCCCAACCGAUCGCGGAUAGCAACACCAUAGCGAGUGCCUCUUCAUCGGGCGCAGGCAGCGGAUCACAAUCGUCAAGGGAGCGCAUUCCCGCAAUGCAACGGCGACCGACGAUUUUGCCGUCGUUUAAUGGCUCCAGCUCGGGCCCUGGUCGCAUGAUUAGUUCCUCCAACGAUGGCGUCUUCGCAAACCUGGCGGCUAAGCCUGAGCGAGGGGAGAAGAAUGAAGAUAUGCCUCCGUCCUAUGAGGAAGCCGCCGCUGACGCCACUCCGCCUUACUGGGAAACGACUAUUCUUGCGCCUGGCAUUGCGUCCGAUGAGGUGUAUGUAGAUGGACUACCGGUCGGAUCGGUUUUCUCGUUUGUCUGGAAUGCAAUGAUUUCGAUGUCAUUCCAGCUCGUCGGGUUCCUGCUCACAUAUCUCCUUCACACUACACAUGCGGCAAAGAAUGGAAGCCGAGCAGGUCUGGGUCUUACCCUGGUGCAGUACGGUUUCUAUAUGAAGGGUGGCAGUGAAUCUCGAGGGGGCGAAGAGGGUUCCGACCAGUAUGCCACGCCGUCCGACCCUAACAGCCACAACUUUGACCCCAACUCGGUCAACGAGAGUUCGGGAGGUGACGGAGGCAGCGCCGCGGGCAUCAGCACGAGUGACUGGAUUUCGUAUAUCCUGAUGAUCGUGGGGUGGUUCAUACUGAUUAGGGCCAUCAGCGAUUUCCUACGAGCUCGACGGCACGAGCAGUUGGUGCUGCAGAGCCCGGAUCGAGGGUUGGGAGUUCCGGUUAUCGCGGAAGGCGAGCGAUCGGAGACCGUUGUCUAA